AUGGCACAUCCGCCUGAUGCCAAUACGCUUGCGGGUGCGGUUGCGGUUGCGGUUACGGGUGCGGUUACGGGUGUGGCAGGUGUCCAAUCAUGGCAUCACACCUUGGCUCCGACUUUGGCUCGCCUGGCUUGUCUCUCGCCACGACAUUUACCAUGGCCCUGGAAAGCGUGGUCUUCUACCUUAGUCCAGCCAAUCUCGCGCGACGCACACAAGCCCACCUUGCCUGCCCUCUCACCGACGGUCUCUCGCUUGUUACCGUUUUACCACUUCAUCUUUGGUGCAACUUUGCCCACUUGUGCCCUGGUACAAUCUUCCCUAACGCAAUCCACCUGCUUCGUCCUUGUCACCAUGUCCUAUCCGCCCGGCCAUGUCUUUGAUAUGCAAGUCAUCCCGCCAGGGUGGGAAGGGGCAGACAAUCGGUACCUUGCCUUCAUUGCUGCCUCGAGGCCCGCAUGUUGCAGAUUCGCUUCCGAGAACUAA